AUGUCUAUUGAAGUAAGUACCUCCAAAACAAGUUUAAAUAAUAUUAGUGUAUUGAACAAAGGUGCUAUGAGUUCCGAUCUUAAUGAAAGCGAAUCUUCAGACUUGGAUUUCGAAUUUUUAAAACCAUUAUUUAAAAUAAAUCAGUCAGGAAGAAACGAUCAAGAUGCAACCAGUUCAAAUUUCACUGUGGUGGUCACUGAUGAUUCAGGUGAAAUCGAAACUAUGCGAAGAGAUAAAUGUGAUUUAAAAUCACUAGGCUUCACUCCACAAGAUAUGAUGUUAAGUAAAGAAAGCCUUAAUCUCGUUAUUGGAAUGGAUAAAGAAAUGUUAUUUAUGGAAAAUAUUAACCAAUCCGAUGUAUCAAUGGCAGUACCGGUAAGAGAUACUGAAACAGCGUCAAAGUCUAACGAGAAACAAAAAAUGACAAUAAAUUUUUACAACACUUAG